UUUUCGAAACUCCGCGAGCGAGCGAGCGUGUGUGUGUGUGUGCGUGAGCCGCUAGGCAGGAGUGAAAAAUAAUGGCAAAAAUGCCCUUUUUGCGAGCAAUUAAUCACUUAAACAGUGUGGGAGUACUCAACAACUUGCCCUGCAUUUUGUUCACCCAAGCAUCCAGGAGAUGGUCUUCCGAGGUCACUGUUAUGGCUUUUCCUGCACUGCGCCGCGAGACCUCCAGUCGGGCUAUGAAGGCGUAUCUGGACAGGGCGCGAGAGCAUGAGGAGUUCAUGAAGAAUCAGGAGUUGGAGUACGCUCUGGGUAAGAGACACCUGGCCAACAUGAUGGGAGAGGAUCCAGAGACGUUUACGCAAGAGGAUGUGGAUAAUGCUAUUCGGUAUCUAUUCCCGUCGGGACUGCACUCUAAGAAAGCGCGGCCGAUGAUGAAGCCUCCGGAAGAGGUGUUCCCCGUGCGGAAGGCGGCGGAGUUCGACGAGACAGGACGUCCGCAUCACAGCAUGUUCUACACUGGGAGGCCAAACUACUUCCAGACUCUCUACGACAUUGCUGAGCAUAUUAUUCAAUUGAACGCGUAUGAGGAUGAAAUGAUCCGGAAGCGUGUGGAAGCGGAUCCCAAUCUGAAGCUGGUCCUCACAUCGUCCAUGUGGUUGCCCAAGGAGGAGUUUGAGGACAUGUUGCUGGAGAAGAUCCUCGAUCUGGAGUACACAAACUUUGUCAAUGCCAUUGAGCGCCUUGCGGACUUGCCCUACUCUUAUCGCAUCCGGGACUUUAUUGAGAAGUAUCGGAAGCCUCUCACCGCCAAGACAGACAUAACUAGUAUUCCACAGCCGCAGAUGGACUCAAAUGGGCGGCAAUUUGUAACGACAAACUUCUGUAAGAGGAAGACCGCACGUGCCAAUGUGACGGUGAGAAAGCCAGGUGCGGGCGCUAUAACAAUCAAUGGCAGCGACUUGAGAUACUUCAGCUAUGAUCAAUGCCGCGAACAGGUCAUCUUCCCGCUGAUCUUCACGGACAUGCUGGACAAAGUGGACGUGGAGGCGACGGUGUGGGGUGGCGGAAUGUCUGGCCAGGCGGGAGCCAUUCGCCUGGGCAUCUCGCAGAGCCUGCGAAGCUUUGUCAGUGCUGAGAUGGUGGAAGAAAUGCGACUCGCUGGACUCCUACAGCUCGACUAUCGCACGCGUGAGCGCAAGAAACCGGGUCAGGAGGGUGCUCGGCGCAAGUUCACAUGGAAGAAGAGAUAAAUUAGUGACAGAGAGAAAGAGAAUAACAGUUGAUUAGUC